AUGAAUUCGAUUAAAACUCUCGGUAAAAGUAAUAUACUUGAAAAUCGAUUACGUACUUCUCAACAAUCUAAUGAAUUUUGUAUGCGGUCGAAUAAUCUACGUAAUUGGAAAUCGGUUUCAAAUAUAUUCUCAAAGAAAAAGCUAACAUCACUUGAUGAAAUUAAAUGUCAUCUACGAAAAUAUUUUAUCAAUCAUAUGUCAAUUGUUCAUCAACAUUGUAAAAAAAAUACUUUUAUCGAUAAACCAACAUUUCAAUUGAUGUUACGCAAUUCAGGUAUUUUAAUUAAUAAUAUAUACCUUGAAUCUUUAUGGAAUUCUUGUCAACCAUCUCUGCAAGGUAUCUCGUAUGAAGUAUUUCUUCAAGAAUUUGUACCAUGUCAAUCAGAAAAUAAUCAAAGCACGAUCGCUUCUUCCAAAGAUAAUUUGUUAUCGUCGAAGCAGUGUCAAAUAUUAAAUUACAUAGCCCUUGUUACUCACGCAGUUAAAACAUAUUGGGAAAAUUUAAAAGUUGAAUUUUGUUGUCUUGAUCCAUAUGGUCGAUUAUCUAUUGCAAUUGAUCAAGCUAUUAAAAUAAUGAAAAAGUACUGUUUCCCUUUGAAUGAUAAUCAACAACGUAAUCUUGCUGUAUUGUUUUCAACGAAAAAUAAUGGACAAUUUAAUUAUUUUGAUUUUAUGCAACAUUUUUCUAAUACAUCAUCAUUAAAAAGUAUUAAUCAGAAUAGUUUUUCUCGCUCAACAUAUACUAUUCAAUCAAAACAAUGUUGGACGUGUUUACCAUUGACAAUCAAUUGUCUUAUUAAACGAAUUCGUUCUCAAUGCAUACAUUAUUAUGGGAAUAUUUAUCGAAUGUUUAAAGUAAUCGAUAAAAAUCGACAAGGAUAUUUAGGCAAAAGUGAUUUUAAGCGUAUACUUAAACAAUUCAAGAUUCAUCUUGAUGCAGAAGAAUUCUAUCAUGUUCUAUCAGAAAUAGAUCAAAAUCAAGACGGAGUUAUUUCUUAUGAGGAACUCUACGAUGCAUUAAUUAUUGAUGCUUUACUAAUUUGA